AUGGCGGCGACAACGGCAGCGGCGGCGGCCGCACGCACCUAUGACGUGAUUGUCUAUGGCGCGACUGGUUUUACUGGGUUUUUGGUGGCCGAAUAUUUGGCGGAGCGGUAUGCGGGUCAGAUCACCUGGGCCGUGGCGGGCCGGAACAAGACCAAGCUGGAGGAGGUGCGCAGCAAGCUGGUGACGGCAAACCCUAGCAAGCGCGAUCAUUUGGCCCAGCUGCCGAUUUUGGUGGCAGAUAGCAGCGAUGGUGCAGCCCUGCAUGCCAUCGCGCGCCAGACCCGCGUGCUACUCAGCACCGUCGGCCCGUUCUGGAAGUUUGGUUCUCAGGUUGUGGAGGCCUGCGCCACCGAAGGAACGGAUUACGUGGACAUCACUGGCGAGAUUCCGUGGGUGGCCAUCAUGAAGCAACAAUACCAGGAGGCCGCUGUCAAGUCGGGCGCCAAGAUUGUCUCGCUAUGUGGCUUUGAUUCGAUUCCAAGUGAUCUGGGCACCAUGCGCGCCGUCGAAGCAUAUCGAGCUGCGCAUGCGGGUGCCAACCCCCAGCGAGUCGACACCUUUGUGACCAAGCUCAAGGGCGGCGUCUCCGGUGGAACGGCACAGAGCUUCAUCAACAUGUUUGAGCGUAGCAGUGACGAGUUUGCACAGAUGCGCAAGGCGAUUGGCAGUCCUUAUGCCAUGGUGGACCCCGAGGAUCGACCCAAGCAACGGCAGCCAGAUGUUGGAGAGGCUGGUGUGACGACGAUCAAGGUGACGGGCAACAAGGACCCAGGCUAUGGGAUGACGGCCCGCAUGGUGGCCGAGAGCGCCCUGUGUCUCGCACGGGAUCGAGCUACUCUUCCCGACCGCGCGGGCUUCCUGACAACGGCCUUUCUGUGCUACGACCUCUUUUGUACCAUCAGCACCAUGUCCUCCGACCUUGCUUCCCUCGUUGCCCGCCUCGAAAAGGUGGCCGAUCGUCUCGAACAGUCGGGCGGUGCCUCGGCCGCCAAGUCGGCGUCGGCACCAGCUGCUUCUGCUGGCAAUGCCGGCGGAGACAGUGGCACGCCUUCGCUCGAUGCCUUUGAUGAGAUUGUGAAUGGCUCUGUGGCCAGCUUUGUCGCCCAGGGCAAGGCCAUCGGCGGUGAUGUGGCUACCAUUGUGGACAAGGUUGAGCAGGCUUUUGCGGCUCAGCGCGCCUUUUUGGAGGUCGCGACCAAGGCCAAGCAGCCCGAUCAAGUGCAGCUGGGCUCGCUCCUCAAGCCCACCUCGGGUGUCAUCACGGACAUUGUUCAGUUUCGUGAGGGCAACCGCCGUAGCCCACAGUUUGACCAUCUGUCCGCCGUCAGUGAGGGCAUUCCUGCUCUCGGCUGGGUCACGAUUGCCCCCAAGCCUGCACCCUACGUGAAGGAGAUGUCCGAUGCCGCCAACUUUUACGUGAUUCGCGUCCUCAAGAACUUCAAGGACUCAGAUCCCAAGCAAGCCGAAUGGGCCAAGACCUGGUUGGCUGCCCUCGGCGAGCUCCAGCAAUUUGUCAAGCAGUAUCAUACCACCGGGCUCGUCUGGAACCCCAAUGGUGUGGACGCCUCGAGUGUGCAAGGUGCCGCGGCCCCCGCUAAGCCUACUCAGGCAGCGGCGGCGCCUGCCCCGAGCAAGCCUGCCCCCGCGGCGGCGCCCGGAAGCGAUGCCCGCGGUGGCCUCUUUGCAGAGCUGUCCAAGGGUGGCGCCAUUACCUCUGGCCUGAAGAAGGUCGAGAAAUCCCAAAUGACCCAUAAGAACCCGGCCCUGCGCGCAUCCUCAGUCGUCACGGAGACGGAGAAGAAGCCUGCAGCUGCCCCUGCCAAGAAGUAUGGCGCAGCCGCUGCGGCUCCCAAGGAGCCCGUUUUUGAGCUGGCCGGUAAGAAGUGGGUCAUUGAGCACCAGCGCGGCAACCACAACCUGGUCAUUGACGACUGCAACAACAAGCAAACAGCCUACAUCUACAAGUGCGAGGAUUGCACCAUCCAGAUCAAGGGCAAGAUCAACUCGAUCUCAGUUGACGGUUGCAAGAAGAUUGGUAUCGUCUUUGACACGGUUGUGGCCGCGUUCGAGGUGGUCAACACCCAGCGCGUGCAGAUCCAGGUCACGGGCAAGGUGGCCACCAUCAGCAUUGACAAGACUGAUGGCGCACAGGUCUACCUCAGCAAGGAUUCGCUUGACGCCCAGAUUGUGACGGCCAAGUCGUCUGAGCUCAACGUUUCCGUUCCCAAGGAUGACGGUGAUUUUGUCGAGUUUCCUCUUCCCGAGCAGUACAAGAGCGUGUACGAUGGCUCCAAGUUUGUCACCGAGGCAACUGACAUUGCCGGUUAA